AUGAUGGCCAAAAGACUGAAGAGUCUUCACAACUCCUCAAACGUCCUUGUGAAUGGCAACUUCGCAGAUUGGAAGAAGCCAGACGGCACGGUUGCGAAGCUGCCAGCAUAUUAUUCUACAGUGUCAUACCGACAAACUUACAUCAUCCGUUCUUUUCACCAGAUGCAUUGUCUUAUUUCUAUUGCCGAGGAAUAUGGCCACAGGGCCAACAACGUUUCGUCUCAGUGGGCUCCCAAGCACAUAGCCCACUGUCUCAACGCGAUCCGCGAAGCCAUCAUGUGCUUAGCGGACGCUACGCCAAUGACCUACGUGAACGGCUUCGCUGUCGGUCAUGUCACGGAUGACCAGCAAUUCAUGUGCAGAGACUGGUCAGCGCUGCGCAGGUGGGCGAACGAUCCGGUGAGGGGAAUUCGCUACAAGAAUGUUGCUCCCGAGGGAGCGGGCUAUGACAACAAUACGGAGAUUAUCCCCUUCCCAGAGCUCUCUGAGUUGGAGAAGGUCGGUUUGGCUUAAAAUUUGGCGCUGGUCUGACAACGAGCCUCGAAUCAGUAGGCUCAGUGGAGACGGCAAUGAGGUACGGUGGGCGGCGGAGGAAGUGAGAGGAGGAUAGCGCCGUUCACACCUUUCCGCAGAGAAGAUUGGCACAAUAUUAGAUCUAGAGAAUACAUGUAUCAUGCUACCGUUGAAUAAAUC